CCAUGUGGUUCCCACAUAAGAACCACACAUGAAUCACACCAGUUGUUCUUCUUCCACUCUCAUUUUCAAAAUAUUUUUCAAUUUUUACCUCAUUUUUACAAUUAUAUAACACACACGGAGAUCGAAGACCGGAGACCGAAGACUAUUAUCCAGCAAAAGGAGUGUGUGUGUAUAUUCUGAAGCAGCCGACAAAACCCAUCUACAAAAGAGGAAGGAUAGAUUUUAUAGCAAAGAUAGGAAUCACUGCCAUGGGGAAGAAGCUCUGGUUGGUGUUGCUUGUUUUCGUUCUGUCUGUGACGUUUCCCUGUAGCUCUGCAGCCAAUUGGAGGCAGAACAAGAAGCAGAGAGCAAGUGGCUCUUCCGUUAUCUUUCGAGUUCAAGGGAAUGUAUAUCCCAAAGGGUUGUACUAUGUGACUCUCUACGUCGGCAAUCCACCCAAGGCUUACUAUCUCGAUAUAGACACGGGAAGUGACCUCACAUGGCUACAAUGCGAUGCCCCCUGUGCCAGCUGCAACGAUGUGCCUCACCCUCUUUACAAACCCAACAAGUUGAACUUGGUAUUCUGCAAGGAACAAAUAUGUGCCUCACUUGACUCCAACGACUGCAACAAGCCAAAUGAGCAAUGCGACUACAGCAUUGAGUACGCUGAUCAUGGUUCCUCCCUUGGAGUCCUCAUCAGGGAUAUGUUCCUACUCCGCUUCACAAAUGGAUCAGUUCUUGCUCCCUAUUUGGCUUUUGGAUGUGGGUACAAUCAGCAAGGUUUAUGUAAGGCCUCUGUGUGUCCCACUGAUGGAGUACUGGGUCUUGGUAAUGGAGAAGGGAGCAUCGUAGCUCAGCUCAAAACUCAGGGGCUGACAAAUAAUGUUAUUGGCCACUGUUUAAGUGGGCAGAGUGGAGGAUACCUGUUCUUUGGUGAUGAUGUUGUGCCAUCUUCAGGGGUUAUAUGGACACCAAUGUCACCUUACGCUUUGGAUAAACACUACUCCCCUGGUUCUGCUGACCUCAGUUAUGGAGGGAAAUCUAUUGCUGCGAAAGGUCUCCGAACCGUUUUCGACAGUGGUAGCUCCUACACAUACUUCAAUUCCAUGGCUUACCAGGCUUUGAUUUCUGCGGUGGAGAAGGAUUUGACUGGAAAACCACUGAAAGAAGCUCCUGAUGACCAUACACUACCACUGUGCUGGAAAGGUGCAAAACCAUUUAAAUCUGUAGCCGACGUCAAGAAAUACUUCAGCUCUGCAGUACUGAGCUUCAAGAAAGCUCACCUUGAAAUUAACCCUGAAUCUUAUCUGAUAAUUUCUUCAAGUGGCAACGUUUGUUUGGGAAUUCUGAAUGGUACCCAAAUAGGACUGGACGAUAUCAACAUUAUUGGAGAUAAUUCGAUGCUGGAUAAAAUGGUGAUUUACGACAAUGAGAAGCGGCAGAUUGGAUGGAUCCCUGCAGAUUGCAAUAGGCUUCCCAAAGUGGAUAAUGAUGAUGAUGAAGGUUUUUAUCAGACCUAUACAGCCAGCUUGGGUAUGUUACCAGAACAAUAUGAAGCAAAAUAUGAUUUGUAAGAAGACCAAUAA